AUGUCGACAAUUACGGCCUCGUUCUACGAGCUCCAACUCGUCUAUCUUGUCUUAGUCUGCGCAUUCUUCCUUUUCUUAGAUCGACAGCUCUCGCGACGGAGGCGACACUCCGAGCACAAGUCGAAACCUCAACAAGACAUUAGUCUUCUGGGCGAUGGUGUUACCAAUAUCACAACAGGAAUGGGCACAGCGGUGUCUAAGUUGACGAGGCAAUAUCUGACUGUAUACGCAAUCGUAAUGGGCUCGGACUGGCUGCAGGGGCCGUACAUUUACUCCCUCUACAGAGAGCAGUUCUCUCUACCGGAGCGGCUUGUUGCUGUGCUAUUUGUAACAGGGUUUACGUCUGCAGGGCUUGCUGCUCCACUUGUAGGCGUGUGGGCUGAUCAACAUGGUCGGCGGAGACUAUGUCUCACCUUCUGCGUCACGUACACGCUCUCUUGCCUCUCCGUUCUUUUCCCUUACUACCCCAUAUUACUCCUUGGCCGUUUCCUGGGAGGCAUCUCGACGUCGAUCUUGUAUUCAGCCUUUGAAUCAUGGCUCAUCUCGGCAUCGAGCUCACUUGCCCUGUCGCAAUCAGACCUGUCGGGAAUAAUGGGUCAGGCUUCACUGGUGAAUGGCAUUGUCGCUGCCGUAGCUGGAGUCGCCAGCAACCAGUUGGUGGCGUCGACCGCCUCUUUCACUACACCCUUCAUGGCCAGUGUUGCCCUGCUUCUGCUGGCGUGGGUCGUCAUCAGAGGAACGUGGAAUGAAAACUACGGCAGUGGCGGAGGCGCCGCCGCCGCCACUUCUGAUCCACUGCAACUUAAGCGUCUUGGCCAGGCGUUGAAAAUUGUUCGAAGCGAACCGUCCCUCUUGGUCAUCGGCCUUACGCAAACAUGCUUCGAGGGCUCCAUGUACCUCUUUGUGUUCAACUGGGUACCAGCUCUGCAGGAGUCGGCUGGCUCGCAAAAUGUGCUUCCGCUCGGCUAUAUCUUCUCCGCCUUCAUGGUCAGCAUGAUGAUCGGCUCUCUGCUGUACACGUCCGUCGUCUCGAUCUGUGCCCUCUUCGAUCCCACUGCGUACGAGGUAACUACAGCCGGCUCCGGCGGGGACGGGCCGCUGGCACUGCACGCGAAGCUGAGCUCGCUCGUGUGCGCCAUCAGUGCGCUUACGUUUGCAGUGAGCAUCGAGAGCCGGGACGAGCACGUGCGGUUCUGGGCGUUCUGCACGUUCGAGGCGUGUGUGGGCGCGUACUACCCGGUGCAGGGCAUGCUCCGUGGGACGCUCAUCUCGAAUGAGCACCGCGCGACCCUGUCAUCCCUGUUCCGUGUCCCGCUGAAUGUUUUUGUGGUUGUGUCUCUCUUGACAGGCGUGUCCUCAGCGCGGUAUACUGUACUUACCGCCAGCUCGCUUAUGUUGGUGUUGUCGUCCAUCGUGACUGGAUCCUUCCUCGUAGACCAUACCCCUUCAUUUACUUCUACAGCACCCCAUCCUGCUUGAUAGCUGGUCCCUCUAUUUUCAUAAAUCUAUGUACAGUUACACUGACAUUCCUUAUCUGCCUC